AUGUAUUACGGCCCGGUAAUCGACCGUACCGGCAGCAGCUGCAGUGCCAGCGACCUUCAGCAGCCGCGAUCACCACCACGUCGACGCGGCUGCAGCGGUGCCACGACGACCGGCGUCAUCGUCGACGACGCGGACACGGACGACGAGCGUCGUCUCUACGAGCAUGAGGAACCGGCGUACGUCGUCGUUCGCGACGUGCAAUCAUCGACGAACAACGUUCGCCGCGGCGCCUCCUGUCAUGCCUCCGGUCAAAGGCCAGGCAGAAGACGAACCGGCGGAAAUGCGGUUAGGAUAUUCGUGCUCGUCGCGGCCGCUGCCUUCCUCGCACUCGCCGUUUCACCGGUGUCCGGCACGACAAACAAGAAAGAGGAAGAGACGGCGGUGGCCACUGUCGGCAACACGGAGGAGACCACCACCGGUAUUCUGGGCACGAGAUCCAGGACGGGGAGCGAUCCUGGAGGCGGUAUAGAUCUCUUGGCAGCGUUACAGCUGCACAACACCACGCGGCAGGGUGUUACACAGGUGCCGGGACUGGUUAGGUUAAAGCCGGCUUAUUAUCUUCAGGGCGAGGAGAGGGAGCUCCGACUGAACGAGGCGAGCUUCGAACGAGCGGCCACACUACUCCGGCGGGUUCCGGAAUUCACUAUAGCCGCCGCUCUACGACAGGAGGAGGCCAAUUCCGGGACGAUAGUCGCCUUUUCACAUGGGAACAAUAGAUAUUUGGAGCUGCAGAGCAGCGGUCGUAAGGACGAGCUUCGACUUCACUACGUAUCACGCCGAGACGGUACUGUCCACGUGGAGGCGUUUCCUUUCCGUCUGGCCGACGGCGCCUGGCACAGGGUCGCCCUGAGCGUAAGCGGCUCGCAGGUCGAGCUGCUCGUCGACUGUCAUCCGUUGUACAGGCGGUUACUCAGGCCCGGGCCGCCCGACACCAAUUUCACCCUGCCGCAGCUUCAGCUCUGGGUAGGCCAGAGAAAUGCCAGGCACUUUCUGUUCAAGGGUGCCUUGCAGGAUGUGAAGCUGAUACCCGGUCCCCAUGGCUACCUCUCGCAGUGUCCGCAGCUCGACUCGUCCUGUCCCACUUGCGGUCAAUUUUCUAUAUUACAAAACACAGUGGAGCAGUUGAUGCAUAACCUGAACGAGCUGACGCGUAGGCUAGCCGCUGCCGAGGGCAGAAUAAGCAAAGUGGAGGAGUGCGAGUGCCAAAAGUCGUGCAGGGUGAACGGCACCGUCCACGAGGACGGCGCGACGUGGGAGAAGGGCUGCCAGCAGUGUUCCUGCGUCCACGGUGAGAUCGAGUGCAGGCCGACACCCUGCGCGCCUGUCACCUGCAAGCAUCCAGUCAUUCCUCAGGGACAAUGCUGCCCGAUUUGCUUGAAGCAAUGUUACCUGCACGGUGUGAUCUACGAUCACGGUGAGAAAGUCUCGCCGAAACAGUGCGUCGAGUGUGACUGUUUCGACGGGAGCUUCACCUGUCAGAGGUUCGACACGGAGACCAGAUGCCCGCCGCUCCCAUGUCCGCCUAGCGAACAAAUAAGCGUCGCUGAGGAAUGUUGCAAAUUCUGUCCAGGGGUGGACUACUGCGCGAAGGGCCACAAGUGUCACGCUAACGCAUCCUGCCUGAAUCUUCAGACCACCUACGCCUGCCACUGCGAUAUCGGUUUCCAGGGAGACGGUCAUAGCUGUCACGACGUAGACGAGUGCAAACAGCAAGGCGGCUCGGAGGGCCACCACUGCAACGCCAACACGAAGUGCGUCAACGUGAUCGGCUCUUACACGUGCGAGUGUCUUCCGGGCUACCACAGAGUCGACAAAUUCAACUGCGCCGAACUCGACGAAUGCGCCACUGGCCAUCACGCGUGUGACGAACACGCCACUUGCGUUAACACCGCGGGUAGCUACUACUGCGUGUGCAAGGACGGCUAUGCCGGCGAUGGAUACACCUGCAAACCUGUCUGCAACCAGACCUGCCAGAACGGCGGCGAAUGCGUGGCGCCUGGAAAGUGUUCCUGUCGACGCGGUUACAUCGGGAACAGCUGCGAGCUCGAUCUAGACGAGUGCGCGAGCGAUCUUCACAGAUGCCAUCAGUCCUCGACCUGCUUCAACAUGCCUGGUUGGUACUACUGCCGUUGUAAACCCGGCUACAGGAGCGCCCUUCACGACAGCACACAAGGUACCCAGUGCCUGGACAUCGACGAGUGUAACGAUCAAACGAUCGAGAGGAGGCACACCUGUCAUCCGAGCGCGAAAUGCGUCAACACCGACGGUGGAUACGAGUGUGUUUGUCCGCCUCAGGAGGACAAUCACACCGUGGAGGAAUGUAGACUCAGUUGCUGGUUCGAGGGCAGAGAAGUGGAGAACGGCGAGACACUAGCGCCAGCUGGUAUCCCAUGCAGAAGAUGCACCUGUAAAGACGGGGUGAUCACCUGCCGGGAUCCCGUCUGCGACUGCAGCGCCCCAGGAAGCCGUAGGGACAAGUGCUGUCCUCAGUGCGAUCCCGCGGCCUCCUGCAGGCACCAAGAACUUCAUCACCUAGUCUUCAGAAGCGGCGAACGAUGGAUAUACCAAUGCCAGACCUGCGAAUGCCUGUACGGCGAAAUAGACUGUUGGCAAAUGGAAUGUCCACCCGUGACCUGUUCGAAUCCUGUGACGGAGGACGGCGACUGUUGUCCACGUUGCGAGGACGAUCCAUGUGCGAGGGAACUGCCCGGAAACGGUACCUCCCUCUCGGUCCUGACACGGCCCAGGCCCUGCAGCUACUCAGGGAUCAUCCACGACAGCGGCAGCUCCUGGCAGGACCCCCAUGACAAGUGCACCACGUGCGAGUGCAAGGUGCCGUACUGCGCCCAAUUGGACGGGCAGCUAUGCUGUAGCUACGAUUACGGCUGCGCUGGCGAUCUGGGCGGCAACGAGCAGCAACGUACUCCAGUCGUUGUUCCUGAGCCUGUCGUACGGGGUCUACCGGGCCCUGCGGGGUCACCGAUGGCAGACGGUUCACCGGAAGCAGCUGUAUCAGCGGUUACCGGUUCCCCCGGUGGCCCGCGAGCCGGCCACGUUCUGUUGUCACCCGCCACCUCUUCUUCCUCAUCUGUCAGCCCCGGUGGUUCUAUACUGGCCAGAACGGUUCAUCGAACCGUGCAGAACGGGAUCCAACCGAAGUCUCAGCAACCGAGGGACGAUCGACGGUCGCGUGGGCAACAGCAACCGAUCACGGCCACAACCAGGUACCAGAUGGUCCCCGUUGGAGCAUCGACAACGACGACGUCGUCGAUAUCUCAGCGCCCCGCGUCCACAUCGCAAACGUCGACGUCGACGACGACGACCAAGAUACCGAUCAAGCACGAAGCCAAGCCCGAGGUGUUGUCGCGUCGUCAACGCGGCAAAACCAACGGUAGCCUCGCGAAUCAUCGAAACAACGCGUCGCCCACUUCACCGUCCUCCUCGCCAUCAGUCGCAAUCCUGGUGCCAUCUGGGACCGAGCUGGACGACACUGUAUCAACGAGCACGACCGCCAACGACGAUCAUCCCGUCGAUCACCGUCAGUCGUCGACCAGCCGUCGGAGGAGGAGCGACAACGCCGAGUCCGUGGCGCGGGACAGCGCCACUUGA